GUGAGCCAACGAGCUCAAAGACCCAAAAGACUGGACUUAGUAAGUAAGUAAGUGAAGUGACGAGCACAGGAAGCCCGUGAAUCAGGCCCUUGGUAGGACACGCCUACUCGAUCCCGCCCGGAUCCUCGAUCUUGGAUAUCUUGUGGGUCAUCAACAUGAGUCCGAUCAUCGACGCCAACGACAAGUCCUCGUUGAAGGAACUGGACGGAUGGAUUGAGCAACUCAUGGACUGCAAACAACUGGCCGAGAACAACGUCAAGACACUCUGCGAAAAGGCCAAGGAGAUUUUGACCAAGGAGUCCAAUGUGCAGGAGGUCAAGUGUCCCGUCACGGUCUGUGGCGACGUCCACGGUCAAUUCCACGACCUCAUGGAACUCUUUCGCAUUGGCGGCAAAAGCCCCGACACCAACUAUCUCUUCAUGGGAGAUUACGUGGAUCGAGGAUACUACUCCGUCGAGACCGUCACGCUCCUGGUCUCAUUGAAGGUUCGAUUUCGCGAGCGCAUUACUAUCCUUCGCGGAAACCACGAGUCCCGACAAAUCACCCAAGUCUACGGAUUCUACGACGAAUGUCUCCGCAAGUAUGGCAACGCCAACGUCUGGAAGUAUUUCACGGACUUAUUCGACUACUUGCCCCUGACCGCAUUGGUGGACAGUCAAAUCUUCUGUCUCCACGGCGGUUUGAGUCCGAGCAUCGACACUCUGGACCAUAUUCGAGCCCUGGAUCGCCUCCAGGAAGUUCCCCACGAGGGACCCAUGUGCGACCUGUUGUGGUCAGACCCCGAUGACCGUGGAGGUUGGGGAAUCUCGCCGCGUGGUGCAGGCUACACAUUUGGUCAGGACAUAUCGGAAACGUUCAACCAUUCGAAUGGACUCACCUUGGUGUCCAGAGCCCAUCAGCUUGUCAUGGAAGGAUACAAUUGGUGUCAUGACCGAAACGUGGUGACGAUAUUCUCCGCUCCCAAUUAUUGCUAUCGAUGUGGAAACCAAGCCGCUAUCAUGGAACUGGAUGACGCGCUUAAAUACUCCUUCUUGCAGUUCGAUCCGGCUCCUCGUCGUGGAGAGCCCCACGUGACUCGGCGUACCCCGGAUUAUUUCUUGUAAACUUGACCAACUGAAGGAAGACGAGAGUGAAACAGAAAUUCUUUUGUCUCCCGCCCGCCGCUCCCUCCAUUCUCGAGUAGCCAACUUCAGCAGAAGAACCCGCCUCUUCAACCACCCACAAUUUCCACAGAAGGGGGAUCGUCGUAACCCCCUCAUCCAUUUCUUUGACUAGAAAUAUAAAAAAAAGCAUCAUUGACCCUCGGGAUGUGCGUGUGUUUUGUGUGUAUUUCACGGUCAUUGUGUCACGGUUGUGUCUAAAUGAAAGAUCCACAUGUGUUGUCCCAACCACGUGUUGAAAUAAGAAUAUUAUGAUGUGCCAUCAUCAAUAACAAGAAAAGAAAACCACCUCCCUUCCCUCUUCCCUACAGCCCUCCUUUGCAACAAACCUAAAAAAAAAAACCCACCCUCUUUUAAGUUCAGUUUUUAUUGCCAUCCUCCUAAUUAUUCCUGACUAAUAUUCCCACAACCCAUCGCCUCCUACUUCCUUGACCUCUCCGCUUCUGAAGAGAAGGACAGAGAGGAGACUCGUUUAGUGUUUAGCCAGUCAAGUAGAGACCAGAAAGGAGCCGGGUCAAUCAUCUAUCUCGCUCCUCCGCCUCCUCUUCAACAACAACAACGACAAGAAGUAUAAAGCCACCACCACCACCACCACCCACUGCAGACGCCGUUCCGAUUGAUUGCAUUCAUCAAAAUUAUAGACAGAAAAAUCAAUUUAAAAUACAUAUUGAUAACUUAAGCCCAA